ACAUGUUGCACCAGUUAUCUUUGAAAGAUGAACAAGUGUCCACAUAUGCGUUAUUUUACAAAUACUCAGUUGAUGUGCUCAUGAAGCAUACAGGGGAAAUUUAUCAGCUGUACCACAAGGAUUUUCUAAAGGUGAAUCCAAUUUCACAUGUGAGACUUUUUGAUAUGUUUAGCCGUGAUGAUGGUCCAAACAAACACAUGGCACGCAAGUGGCUAAAACAGCCUCACAACUUGGAACGCUACGUGGAGGUGACUAUCGAACGCCUGGCAGAAAGGGCUGAUACAGUUGUUUUGCAAAAUUUGCAUUCAGCUUUCUGCCUUAUGGAGGAAAUCCCUCUUAGGUUUUCAAAUAACAUUGUACCAUUCCUUUUAAAAUUACUCGAAACAUAUGUGGCUGACUGCCCUAAUCCAUUAAUAAAAAGGAUUAUGGAUAACACGUCUAACGACAUUCUUAGAUUGCUUUAUGUCAUCAUACAGAAGAUGAAUUGUGGAACAGAUACCAACUUUUUGAGGACAAUGUGCACAGACAUGGUUCCCUUUGCAAAUGCCAAGUACUCAAUAGAAAUGUCUGGGGCAUAUGCCUUUGGCAUAAUAGCACAUCUGCAUUCAUAUCCAGGUCUGCCUGAGACUAUCACAGCCCUUGGGAUCACAUCAGUACCUGAGACGAUACUGGAUUUUGCAGAUAGUCAGGAUGAUGACAAUUUGAAGAGAAAGGUUAGGGAGCUGCAUCAAAAGUUGACAGGACAAUGUUCAGAGGAGCAAAAAGAUCAGGGGAAAGUACGAAGAAAGAAGAAGAAAAAGAUGAAGAAGAAGAAAGAUUCUGCAAAUGAUGUGGAGUCUGGUUCAGUGACGGGUACCUCUGAUUGUGAUUAUCCAAAGAGUUCGGUUCAGGAAGCAUGCUCUGCUGAUGAAAUUUCAAGUGACAAACCAUUCCCUUCUGUUACUGGCACAGAAAGCACUUCAAGACGUUGGCUCAAACUCAGUGUUCGUUGGAGGACAAAGCUAGAGAAUCUUGCUAGUAUGGGAAUGACAGGGGUUAAAACUGUUAAGAAUCUCAAUUUUUGUGUCAAUCCUGACAACGUAAUUGCAAAAGGUAGUGAUGGGACUGAGGUCUUUCUCGGCCUCAGAGAUGAUGGUACUGAAGUUGCAAUCAAGCGCAUGACCAAGUCCAACUACCAGCUGCUCAAACAUGAGGAAGAGUUCUUGCGCCUACCACAGCUGGACAGUCCCAGCAUUGUGCGAUAUGUUGACUUUGCUGAGGAUGAUACCUUUGGAUAUUUAGUCCUACAGCUCUGUGAGUACACCUUGGAGGAAUAUAUUGAUCCAAAGAACCAUCAUUUACCCAAGGAUGUUCAGGAAAGGAUGGAUAUUCUGAAGGCAAAAGUGAAGGAAGUCAUCCAUAGUUUAGAAGUCCUCCACAACAAGGACACUAAGGUUCUUCACAGAGACAUCAAGCCUCAAAAUGUUUUGAUUGAUAUCACAGGAAAAGCACGGCUAGCUGAUUUCGGCAUCAGCAGAAGACUGAAUGUUGGGCAAACAACACUGCGGACAACACCUGCAGGAACCAAAUGCUGGAAGUCCAGAGAAGCACUGGAAGAGGACACGGAGAGUGUUACACUUUUAGCAGAGCACUAAUGCAGGAGACAAAAGAUCAGGUCAAUGUGUUGGAUUUAUUUUUUCACAGAUCUUCAGACAAUCAUCAGGUAAGUAUUCACAACGUCAAUCUUCUUCACAGGUCUUCAAGGGUAACAAAGGUAGGAUUUCAAACAUAAAUCUUCAU